GCCAACAUGGCGGGCGAUGUAGAUGUUGAAUCCGAGUCGCUCGAUAAAAAGUGUAAAAUUUGUAAUGAAACAAUUAGUAGAGGUGGUGUAAAAUGUUCUACUGCAAAAUGUAAUGUGCUCCUUCAUAGUAAAUGUUUUGAUUUAGUGGCAAAAGUGGUUUUUAUUGAGAAAAAAACUUGGAAAUGCAGAACGUGCAGCGAAAAUCUUAGAGGUCAAUGUUCUAAUAGCAGCACGGAAGUAACCUUACUACAAAAGGAAAAUGAGUGCCUAAUUCGGGAAGCUGAGAUGUCAAAUAAGCGCAUAAGUGAUUUGGAAUAUAUAGUUAACCUACAGAAAUCGCUAGUGGAUGCCAUUAAAUGUAAAGAAAUAACUCCGAGUGGCGAUAAUGAAAAAGCAAGGUCGAGCAGUUCUUAUAGCGAUCAACUCAGAAAAACUGUAAACAAAUCAUCAGUAUUAGUAAUUAAAUCGAACGACAAAUCUAUAGACAACAAGAGAAUAGAAAAGGACGUUAAAUCAGCAAUAAAUCCCGGUUCUAUUAAUAUUAAUGUCAAAAAUACGAAAUUAAUAAGGAAUGGUAUAUUAAUAAACUGUGAAGAUAAAAAUUCUUGUGAUAAAUUAAAAAACAGUCUAGAAAACACAAUUGGAUUUAAUUAUGAUAUAAAUGAACCUAAGAAACGUAAUCCUCGUAUAUCAGUGCAUAAUAUUAAAGCAGGAGACUUAGAAAGUGCUUUGACCAUUUUACAGAUUUAA